AGGAGCAUGUUUGUGUUCCUGAUUUGCACCUUAACACUGUGGCAGGUGCGCUCUGCCUGCAUUGUGGUGAACAUUUGCACAGAAAAUCCAGCAGUUCAGGCGGAGAUCGUUAACAUUCACAAUGCCUACAGGAGAGAGGUUCAGCCAACCGCUUCUGACAUGCUCAAAAUGAGCUAUAGUGAUGAGGUAGCAGCCAAUGCUAAAACCUGGAUUGAAAAAUGUAUUCUGGCUCAUGGAAAACCCGAAACCCGCAUGAUCAAUGGAUAUGAAACAGGUGAGAAUCUGUUUUAUUCAAGCACACCUGCCCCGUGGUCGGCCGUCAUCGGUGCCUGGCAUAGAGAGGUGUCCAACUACCAGUUUCCCUUCAGCUCCACCAACAACAGAAGUAUUGGGCACUACACACAGGUGGUGUGGAACAGCUCCUACAAAGUUGGCUGUGCAAUGACAUUGUGCCCAAACAACAUUUACUUAUAUGGCUGCCAUUACUAUCGAGCAGGAAACUUCAGGAGAUGGCCACCUUAUAAGGUCGGGCCCUGGUGUGGUUCCUGCCCCGAUAACUGUGACGACAGACUCUGCACCAACCCAUGUCCUUACAUAAACCGAUACAUCAACUGUCCACACUUAAAGGCCAUAUUUGGAUGCGGCCAUAACCUGGUGAAAACGAAAUGUGUUGCUUCAUGCGAGUGCACCGAUGAAAUCAUUCCAAUAUACUAA